CGGCCUUGCAAUAGUACCUGUGGAGAGUGUGAAGAGCUUUGGAGUUCCCAUGGGCAGUGAUGGGCGAUCCCGGGCCUUCCUCGUCACGAUGGCAUUGUGGAGUCAGAUACGAACGGAUCUCGAACGACGACGGAGCAGACGCCAAGCAGGCCACGGAAUAUCUUGACGAGAUCGAUGGCGUUCAGAAUGCGGAUAAACCUAAGCGUGGCUUGGAGGCGCCUGGGUUGGUGCGAAACUUGACGGCUGAAGAGAGGACUAAGCUUGAGAAGAAGCUUGUUCGAAAAAUUGACCUCAGGCUGUUGCCGCCCGUCAUCAUCAUGUAUAUCAUGAAUUACCUGGAUCGAAACAAUAUUGCGACUGCUCGUCUCGCCGGAACUCCGGGGCUGGAAGAAGAUCUCAAGAUGACCGACUCCCAAUACGAGACUUGUGUUUCGAUUCUCUUCGUGGGAUACAUUCUGAUGCAGAUCCCGUCCAAUCUGUUCCUGAAUAAAGUCGGCAAGCCGGCGCUCUACCUGCCUGGAGUGAUGGUCGUAUGGGGAAUCAUCUCGACCGUGACUGCAGCUGCCCACAACUUCGCUGGACUCGUAGUCAUCCGAUUCUUCCUCGGUUUCGUUGAAGCGGCCUACUUUCCCGGCUGUUUAUUCUUUCUGUCAUGUUGGUACACUCGCAAAGAACUGGCCUUUCGAUCCGCAGUCCUGUACUCCGGAUCCCUCAUCUCGGGAGCGUUUGCUGGACUCAUCGCUGCUGGCAUUACCGAUGGCAUGGACAGAAAACUGGGCCUACCCGCUUGGAAGUGGCUGUUUAUCAUCGAGGGAGCGGUUACCAUCGUGAUUGCGAUCGUAUGUUUCUUCAUCCUGCCAAAUUUCCCGCGCACCACGACGUGGCUCACGGAAGAAGAGCGUCAGCUUGCGGUCUGGAGGCUCCAAGAAGAUAUUGGUGUCGAUGACUGGGUCAACAGCGAGGAGCAGAGCUUCUGGCACGGCAUGUUCCUUGCAUUCAAAGACAUCAAGGUCUGGAUCCUGAUGGUUAUGCUUCUUGGCAUCGUCUCGGCCGCAAGUGUGACGAACUUCUUCCCGACUGUCGUCCAGACGCUCGGCUACAGCAACAUCAUCUCGCUGCUUCUGACAGCCCCGCCGUACGUGCUUGCAGUCUUCACUGCCUUCGCGAACGCCAUCCAUGCCGAUAAGACUGGCGAGCGCUUCCUUCACAUCACCAUACCACUGCUCGUCGGAAUGGUCUCCUUCAUCUUGGCCGCAGCCACGACAUCAACCGCACCUCGCUACCUUGCCAUGAUGCUGAUGGUUCCUGGAAUCUAUACUGGCUAUGUCAUUGUCCUUGCUUGGAUCUCGAACACGAUCCCUCGCCCACCUGCAAAGCGUGCUGCGGCGCUCGCAGCCAUCAACGCGGUUUCGAAUGCCUCGUCCAUCUAUGCAUCAUACAUGUACAGCGGCGGACCACGAUUCAUUGUCGCUUUCUCUGUCAACUGCGGCACCCUGUUCCUGGCUAUUCUUAUGGCCGCUUUACUCCGAGUGACGCUGGUGCGUCUGAACAAGAAGCUUGACCGCGGCGAGGAAGUGGAAGGUGCCAUCUCUGGUGCAAGUGUCGGCGAGGGUGCUGCCAUGAGAAAGGGUUUCCGCUUUUUGGUAUAGAGCAACAAGUGUGCGCAACCAUAGAUAUACGGUGGGUAGAGCACGAGCCACAAAAUUGGCGACCAUAAAUUUUGGCGCAACAGGUCG